AUGAAGAGAGAUGGGUUCAGUGUAGUUGCACUGAAAUUGGUAAUGGAUGGUUGUGGUUUCCCUAUUCAAAGUGACUGGCAUGAUGGAACAGUUCUAAGGGUCGGAGUUGCCCCAGGCCCUGGGCAAUCUCUCCGGGGUCCACUCCCGCAGUCCCGCUGCAGCUUGACUGCAGUUGUAGACCUCCGAUCUCCACCGAGCUCUCAGCAUGACUCGUUGCAGCAGAAGAAGCUGGGAACCCGCAUUGCCGACUUCGAAUCGCAACUGGGCCAAGCUCAGGAAGAGCUGAAGAAGCUUAAAGACCAGUUAGCUCAUGCUGAGGCUGAAAAGAAAACCCAGAAAUCAAUCGUCCCGGAGACCAGCAAGGAAGAAGACAAGUCCACCGAUCGACGUCUUGGAACUUGGAAGUCCCAGUUGAAACUAAAGCUACACCCGACCACGAUGGCACCUGGGGAGCAGUGGAGGAAAGCAGAAGACGCAGCGGUGGCGAUACUGUCCGGUGGAGUGGAGAUGAACGUUCCGAGUGCUACAGAGCGGUGCGUUUCAAUGGAUGAGCACCGGAGGAGCUGCUUCGGAGCGGCUGAUGGGUCCGGCCGAUUCGUGGGUUCGCCUCUCCUGGCUGACGAUUUGGACAAUGGAUUCGGAAGCGGCAAGAGGAAGGGUGCCGGGAUGCGAAUGUUCGGUGAUCUGUGUAAGAGGAAGGGCCAGAAAUAACCGGUUCGGUUCUGUUCGGUUCGGUUUUGGUCUGAACCGAUAUAUUACCUCUUCCGACCCCUCUCUCAGGUCUUUUUAAGGUUGCGAAAUAGUUACUCACUGUUUCAACCGGCGCUAAAUUUGCCACGUGGCAAGUGCUCUCUCGUAAGUUGUCAAACUGUCAUUAAUCCAGAGAAGUGUGGUUGUUGUGAAGUCAAUGCAAGACUCAUCAACUUCAACUCUCUUCGUUAUUGUUUAAGAAAUUAGUAUAUUGAUAGCUUUUUAUUUUUUUUGGUGGAAAAUAAAUGGAAAUGCGGCUUAUCAUGGUCCGGUUUAUUCUAAA